UGGGCAUCGAAUCAGGUCGGACGUGGAGGAGCCCGCAUUCCAUACCCAAACUAUCUCCCUACCCGCAAAUGCAUUCCUCGGCAAUGAAGGUCAAAACCCGCAAACUACCGCCAUGUCAUAAUUCGCUCGCAACAGCACUGCUGGUCGACGCCUACCAAAUUACUAUGGCAUAUGCCUAUUGGAAAAAUGGAACACAUGCGAGGAUCGCGGCUUUCGACCUCCUCUUUCGCAAAAAUCCGUUCAACGGAGAAUUCACCGUUUUCGCCGGGCUCGAAGAAUGCUUGCGAUUCAUAUCAAAUUUUCGAUUCACGGGCGCGGACAUAGCGUUUCUUCGCAGUGAGCCCUUUGCGCGGACAAUGGAUCCCGCAUUUUUUGAAUUUCUCGCCCAGCUAGACUGUUCCAGCCUAAAAGUAUUUGCCCAAAUGGAGGGAGGCGUCGUUUUUCCACGCGUUCCAUUGAUGCGCAUAGAAGGCCCUCUGCUGGUAGCGCAGCUGAUAGAAACACCCCUCCUUACACUUGUGAAUUAUGCGAGCUUGGUGGCAACGAACGCUGCCCGACAUCGACUCAUCGCAGGAGAAGGAGCAACACUUUUGGAGUUUGGACUACGCCGAGCUCAAGGAGCUGACGGAGGAGUAUCGGCUUCACGGUAUGCCUAUCUGGGCGGUUUCGAUGGUACAUCCAAUCUUGAGGCAGGCCGCCAAUUUGGCAUACCGUGCAAAGGUACACACGCACACUCAUUUGUGCAGGCACACAUAGGAUUUGAAGAUAUCGCUGACUCAACCUUGAACUUACCGGAUGGCGGCCUAUGUCCAGAUUUCAUUAAGCUGGUAAAAGAGCAGGCCGAAUCACUUUUGGAGGUGGUCGAUAUGCUCCCCGGAAGCCUUCGAUGGGCAGAAACUAAUCACAGUGAACUGGCAGCUUUCGCAUCAUAUGCAUUGGCAUUUCCGGCGAGCUUUCUGGCACUUGUGGAUACCUACGAUGUCUUGAAAUCCGGCAUUCCGAACUUUCUCGCAGUUGCCCUCGCUCUUCGGAUUUGUGGAUAUCAGCCUUUAGGAAUACGAAUCGACAGCGGGGACCUGUCGUAUUUAAGUCUUCAAGCGAGGGAAAUCUUGACGACUGUGGAGGCUGUGCUUGGCGCAGAGCGUGCGGGGGGGUUUACCAACCUCAGUAUCACGGCAAGCAACGACAUCAAUGAGGAGGUACUGCACUCCCUCAAUCAACACGGUCAUUCAAUUACUGCAUUCGGAAUAGGCACACAUCUUGUCACUUGUCUUCGGCAACCAGCUCUCGGAUGCGUUUACAAACUUGUUGAAAUCGACGGGGCACCUCGAAUAAAACUUAGCGAGGACGUGCAAAAAAUUACAAUCCCGGGCAGGAAGGAGGCGUAUCGGUUAUACCUCAAGAAUGGCGAGCCCGUUGUUGAUGUUAUGCUUCGGAUAGACGAACCACAACCAAGGGAAGGCGAGCGCAUAUUAUGUCGCCAUCCAUUCAUAUCAUCAAAGCGUGCUUAUGUCCAACCAGCACAUGUUCAACGCCUUCACAACCUUGUCUGGGAUGGCAGUACCCAGGGCGUUUGUAUAGGCGUGGAUCUUAGCUUGAUGGCAUCUCGGCUUCGUUGUAUGCAAACGAUCAACUCAUUGAGGGCAGAUCACUUGAGAUACAUAAAUCCUACUCCUUACAAAGUCAGCGUAAGUGAAAAGCUUUACGACUUUAUUCACAAGCUUUGGCUAGAAGAAGCUCCCGUGGGGGAAAUAGUUUGAUCCGAUGUGGCAGUUGUACUGAAAUGCCCUUUGGCUUCUUUUGUAUCCUGCGUAUUUUUUAAGCCGCAUCAGUGACAGGGUUGGCCGCCAAAACUGUUGAUCUCGGCAACACUUGCAUUCCUUUAGAGCCGAUCUAUAGCUCUACACGUUCUUCUUAUAGUCGUCCAUGGUAUGUGCAAAAUGGCUUGUAAGAGUCGCAAAAAAAUUAUAGUCAAAAAGUUUUAACAGCAGUCGAAAACCAACCGCGACC